UGCUGGAGCGUUCUGUCGUUUGCCGUUGGUCUCCCAAAGCGGAGCUAGGAGUGUCUGUGGUUAGGAACAUUUUGUAAAAAUAAUACAUAGUUUUAGUUAUUUAUACGAUUUAGAAUUGCAAAAAGCUUUAGCACCAGAGUCGCGGAAAGGAUGUCAGAGACUGAUCCAAAAUCAGUGCAGGACCUCACAGGUGUGGUUCAGACAUUGCUUCAGCAGAUGCAGGACAAGUUCCAAACCAUGUCAGACCAGAUCAUUGGAAGAAUUGAUGAGAUGAGCACUCGUAUUGAUGACUUGGAAAAGAAUAUUGCAGACCUAAUGACACAGGCAGGUGUGGAAGAGAUCGAGGGAGGAGAAAACAAGGUUGCCAAAUAAUGCACCAUUGCUACUGAAUGACUUUCUACAAGAUCACAAGGCUUAUUUUUUCUUUUUUCAAAUUGCUAUGUGUAAAGCAUUUUUUAUAUAAAUUCUUGUAAUAAUGGUUGCAUUCCUGACAGAUUGUACAUUUUAGAAUUUAACUUUUCUUAAUAUUUUACAGAGGUUAUUAUAGUUAUACAAUUGUAAACUUCUAAAGUUAAAGUAGUAAGUAUUAACACACUACCAACAUGCCAAGUGGAUAUUUUUCCCUUUAGUUAAAUAAAAUUUGUUGCAAGGUUAUAUGUCUUUUUGUAAAAGAUAAUUUGUAUUACUAAUGACUUGCAUUUUAUCCAAGGUUUCACAUAUCUUUAAGUGUUGUUGUAAAAUAAGUCAGUUUUUCUUAUUUUCACCUAUGGUGCAGAAUGAUCACAUUAAGAUCCACAAUGCAAAGCAGACCCUGUAGGGCAAGUUGUGGCUUGAAAUUGCCUGCCUAUGUAUUUUUGAUCAGAAGCCAGCAGUGCAUUCAGUAAAGAAUCUUUAAUAGUCUUCCUCUCUGGAGGGUGACAAUUAAUUUCACCACUGCGACAAGUGGCCCUGCUGUGGGCAUUUCAGCUGCAGAACAUUCUAUUGAAUCUGCUUGACAAGUUGGAAUCGCAGCUAGUCGGACACAACUGGUACCGGAAGCAAAAAUUUAUUUAAAGUUUCCCAACAAGCAGUAGCUUAUUUUGAUUAAUGAAAGCCUAUCAUCCUGUAAAUCAGUUCAAAAUAUUCAGACCCAAUGCACACUAGUGUGGUCACUUGACUGCUUUAAUAAUGCAGGGAUUAUUAACAUAAUCAUAAAAAAUAACUAUAAAAGGUUCAAUUGCAUGUGCCCUUCCUUUUACAGACUACCAUAAAGUUUUAUGCUCAAUUCCAAUUCUUGCUAAAUAUGCACCUAAGAUUGCUUCAACAGACACUGAUGACCAUUAAUCUUGAACUACCUAAUGUUAAUUUAGGUAAAUCAGGUUGUGCUAGGCAGAAUCUGCAAAAAAAUGAAUUUAUCUUGUUUUAAACUGUUAGAUACUUUUGUUAGAAUUAGUUUAAUCCACUUUUUAGCCAACUAAAUUUGACUAGUUUAUUUGAGCAUUGUCAACCUAUGACUGCACGCCCAGGGAGUGAGCAGACCUGCUACGCUUGAACAGUUCAAUCAUUAAUCUUCACAUCCAGUCUGUAGAAUGCACAAGUAACAUUGAAGGCAGUUAAAUAUUUGGUUUUGAAAGUAAUAGCACAUAUAUGAAACACAAAAAGGCUGCUAUUACUUUUUCAUGAUCUAAAAAAACAAACAAAAAAAACUGUUUUAAUUAACUUUAUUGAAACAAAUACAAAUAAUUUAAAAUAAAAACCUCAGAUUAUUUUAAAUUACCAUUAAAUUAAGUAGCAUAUUUUUCAUCCAUAAAAGUUAAGAGCUUGAGUUUACCUUGCAUGUUAGUUUCCAUACAUAACUAAAUUUAAUGCCCUACACUAAUUGAUUUAUUUUUUAUUUGCAUUCUUACCAUGCCCUAAACAUAUAUAUUUUAAAAAGAAAUCUACAUAAAAUGUAUAGGUACUUUGUGUAUAAGUAGUAAAUAUUAAGAGUUUAAAAAAGGAAUACAUAGAUAUGAAUAUGACUGAAUGGCAGACAAGGAUAAUUGCUAGUUUCACUAGAAUAAAAUAACCACAAGGGUGUAUUCCAUUAUAUUGCAGGGCUAGCUUUCUAAUAUUCUUAUUGAGUGCUUGUACAGAGCUAUACCAAUGGAGGUGAAUCAGGAAUGAUCAGAACUCAAAGUCCAACUCUGUCAUAUCAAUAGCGCAUGCAAAUUUGUCUCUGUGAUUUGUUGUAGAUUUUAUCCAAAGGCACCCUCAUAUUGUUACACCUAAGGGAAACAAAGCUUAAAAGAAAAUACUGGUUUUAAAAGAGAUGUGGAUAUUUGGAAGUACUUGGUGGGCAAUUUGAGAUUUCAAAUAUUUCUGAAUCUGAAUUUUCAGCACAGCCCUAGUAACUCAAACAUUAACAAUGAGCAGCACAUCCAUACAGGUACAACUGACACCCAUAGGUAGCCCAGGGUGAUCUACUUGUUCUCUGUACGUCGCUUGCACCUCCAGUUUCAUUAGCUGCGCCUCACAUUUCUGGACCAAUUUCUUCUUAUUUUCCAGAACUCUUCAAAAAAAAUUUACAUUUCACGCACCCAAUGUCUUUUAGAUGGCCAUAAGCUACUGCAACUUUUUUUCUCUAGUCAUUUAGGUAUGGAAAAGACAUUCUAAUUCCGCACAAUAACAUUGUGUCCCAGUUUUCAAUUUCCAUUUUAUUGGCU